UGCGUCUGAUAUAUUGUUUGAUUAUUUUUUUUAUUAUUUAGAUUCAGUUUGUUUGAAUAAAUUUAAAAUACUUGUGAUCAAAGAAAUUAUCAUUACUUUGAUUAAAAUUAGACAGGCUUAUAAUCAUUACUAAACAUUUCAUUUGAUUGACUGAUUAAUAUCAAGUGAUUAAGAAGUACCCAGUGAAAUAUCAAAGAUCGAAUCAAUUCAUAUCAAUAUAUCAAUUAUUAUUUUUCUGAUCAUUCCAUUAUAUAUCGAUCAUAAAUAAGAAGCACUAAACAAAAAAUGGCACAGGAAACAAAAACCUAUACAUUGGCUGAAGUUGCCGAACAUAAUGAAAAAAAAUCCGUUUGGAUCGUCAUCCAUGAUUGUGUUUAUGAUGUGACUCCAUUUCUUGAUGAGCAUCCUGGUGGCGAAGAAGUUCUAAUCGAACAGGCCGGUAAAGAUGCAACCGAAUCAUUCGAAGAUGUUGGCCAUUCUACUGAUGCUAGAGAUAUAAUGAAAAAAUAUAAAAUUGGUGAAUUAUGUGAGGCUGAUAAAAAGAAAACAAAAAAAGUUGAGGAAAAAACAAUUUCAUGGUCCGAUCCAAAAACGAAUGGUUCAUCAAACGAUUGGAUGACUUGGACGAUUUCCAUUUUGAUUGCAUUGGUUCCAAUAGUUCUAUAUCGAAUGGGCUAUUUUGGUUCUACCGAUUGAAAAUAGUGUUCAAACAGUGAAAAAGAAACAACCAACUUUAUUUUUAUCUAUUAAAAAAAAA